UGGUACGAUAUUCACCAAGUCGGACUCCUUCCUCUUCCAUCCUCUGUAAAUUUUGCACAUGCAUGGAAUAAUGGCAUGCACUUGAGGAUUUCUGUAUGCUGAUGAGCCAGGAAUACAAGGCAACUCUGCAAGUUAACAGUUUUGAUGGACUGGUGUCCCAGAACUUUCCUCGGUGUGACAAAGGGGCUGAUGCAGCUUUGAGACCAGCGUAAGCGCAGCCAAGGGACACUGCAGGACCGCAGAAGACUCCUAGCAGCAGCUGGACCUGCAGACUUCAGAAAGAUGGCAUCCAUUGGAGACUUUGACCCUGUGCACACCAGUGUCCCUGCCACUAAGAUCGAGAUCACCGUAUCAUGCAGGAGUUUGCUGGAUAUGGACACAUUUUCCAAGUCUGACCCAGUGGUGGUCUUGUACUUACAAGGGAUCGGCAACAAAGAAUGGACAGAAUUUGGACGGACAGAGGUCAUCGACAACACGCUGAAUCCAGACUUUGUCCGGAAAUUUGUGCUGGACUACUUCUUCGAAGAGAAGCAAAACCUGAGGUUUGAUGUGUUCAAUGUGGACUCCCGGAGCUGCAAUAUAUCAAAGCACAAGGAUUUCUUGGGUCAAGCAUUUUGCACCCUCGGAGAAGUCAUUGGAUCACCGAGGAGCCGACUAGAAAAGCCUUUGACGGGGAUUCCGGGGAAGAAAUGCGGGACGAUCAUCUUAUCGGCGGAGGAGCUCAGCAAUUGCCGGGAUAUUGUUACUAUGCAGCUGUGCGCCAACAAGCUGGACAAGAAAGACUUCUUCGGAAAGUCGGACCCUUUCCUGGUGUUCUACCGCAGCAAUGAGGACGGAACGUUCACAAUUUGCCACAAGACAGAAGUCGUGAAGAACACACUGAACCCCGUAUGGCAACCGUUCACCAUCCCCGUGAGGGCUCUCUGUAAUGGUGACUACGACAGGACGGUGAAAGUGGACGUGUAUGACUGGGAUAGAGGGGGGAGCCAUGACUUCAUUGGGGAAUUUACUACAAGCUACAGAGAGUUAUCCAGAGGACAGAGUCAGUUCAGCGUAUACGAGGUACUAAAUCCAAAAAAGAAGUGCAAAAAGAAGAAAUAUAUCAACUCCGGGACGGUGACACUUUUAUCUUUCAAGGCUGAAUCUGAAUAUACAUUUGUAGAUUACAUCAAAGGAGGGACGCAAUUAAACUUCACAGUUGCCAUUGAUUUCACAGCUUCGAACGGUAACCCCUCACAGCCCACCUCUCUCCACUACAUGAACCCGUACCAGCUGAACGCAUAUGGCAUGGCACUGAAAGCUGUCGGAGAGAUUAUCCAGGACUAUGACAGUGACAAAUUUUUCCCAGCAUAUGGAUUUGGUGCCAAGCUCCCACCAGAUGGCAAGAUUUCCCAUGAGUUCCCGCUGAAUGGAGACAAUGAUAAUCCAAACUGCGUUGGUAUACAGGGUGUGCUGGAGGCCUACUUUAAAAGUCUUCGAACGGUUCAGCUUUACGGGCCAACCAACUUUGCACCGGUUAUUAAUCAGGUUGCCAGUGCCGCCGGUGAGGUUACGGACGGUUCCCAGUAUUAUGUCCUUCUGAUCAUCACCGAUGGAGUAAUCUCUGAUAUGGCACAGACCAAAGAAGCUGUUGUAAAUGCUUCAUCGUUACCAUUGUCCAUUAUUAUAGUGGGAGUUGGACCAGCAGAGUUUGAUGCCAUGGAAGAACUAGAUGGAGAUGAAGUCCGGGUUUCCUCCAGAGGCCGCUUUGCAGAAAGAGACAUUGUGCAGUUCGUGCCAUUCCGCGAUUAUGUGGAUCGUUCUGGAAACCAAGUCCUCAGCAUGGCCCGGCUCGCCAAGGACGUCUUAGCCGAGAUCCCAGAACAGUUCCUCUCCUACAUGAAGUCCCGUGAGAUCAAGCCCCGUCCGGUACCGCCCUCCGCCCCCAUUCAGAACCUUCCCUCGCACAUCUGAGCACCAACCAUGCUUCUCCAUCCUGCACAGAAAUGGUGGCGCCCCCUACCAGUUCCAAAAAAAAAUAUAUAAGACAGGGUAAAGCUUUGAACCCUUCCAAUCUCCUCUUCCUUGGCCUGGCAUCUACUUAGUUAUGGGACAUGCCUGCUAACUGCAUCUACAGUAAAUCAGCGGCACCUCGCUCUUCCAUGGGUUAUGCAAUACAGUCCGGAGAUCCCCACCCUGGAUUAACACCAUUGGUCCCUCCAAAGGCUGGAUUGUAUGGGGGUGGGCGCAGAGUUCCGAUGGUAAAGUGAAGGUGUGGGGCAUGAGGGGGGUGAGCUGUAUUCACUAACGGGUGUGUCAUUGGAGGGUUUAGCAGAUUUUGCACUUUGAAAGUACACAGUGCUAGCUGGGUAAUGCUGUACAGAACAUUUUUAAAGGAUACAAAUAAUGUACAUUUGUGCUUUCUGAGGAAUUGUAUACUGUAGUCCUCAUCUGUCUCCAAAUAUAUACAAAUAAACCUUUAAAUUAAAUGA